CAAAAAAAAAAAAAACCUUUUCAAGAAAUUAAAUAUUUAAAAAAGAAACUCAUAGUAGAUAUUUAUGUCCUGUGUAUAAUACUUCCACGUUAUGUCACAUGUGUCUAUGUAAACAGCUCAACUAGAAGAAAGAAGAAGAGGAGGAGUUUUUUUUUGUUUUUUUUUUUCUUGAAUUGUGAAGUUGGUAAGCAGGUGAAAUCCUCCAAACACCUUCUUCUUCCUCCAUCUUCUGCAAUAAUUCUGGAUUAUCCUAAAAUGGAGAAUAUGGGUGUUGAGAAACAGAGGGUAUUUGAAGAAAAGGAAAUUUGUGUAUCUGAUCAUAUAAAUGGAUUGCAGUACACAAGCACAACAUCAGAUAGCUUUGUUGUGAACAUGGAACGUUUUUCUCAUAUCAUAGACAAAGACAAAAAUGUCAAUUCAAGAAUUACUUUGCAGAGAAACCUUUCAAGAAAAGGAUCAUUUCGAAGCGGCGAGAGGAAAACAAAAUCAAAUGCUGUCAAUGAAAAAGACACUAACUUCACGGCAAGUUCCCCUAGAGAUAGUUCAUUGCUAGGAGGAGGUAGCACGCCAGAAAAGCACAUGUCAUCGACUACUAGUAGUGAUCAACAUACCCCACAAACCCAUAAUCAUCAGAUCACUAUACUGACCGGCCAUGGCGGCGCCACCACAACCGAAAGCAAAAUUGGUGGCAGGAGAUUCAGUUUCCGACGUUCUACUAAUUGGACAAUUGAUCCAAGGAGGAUCCUUCUCUUCUUUGCAACCUUGUCAAGUAUUGGAACAAUGUUAUUGAUCUAUUUUACAUUAUCCAUUGCCAAGCACAAUGGAGAAGACAUUGCUGACAUUAAUGGAUGAUAUGUAUAAAGUAUGAAGAAGGCGUGCACUAGUUAGUUCUAACUCAGAAGCCUGUAUAUUAUAAUGUAGAAGAGACACGAGCAUAACUUGAGUGUUUAGUGCAAACAUCACAAGAUGGAGGAACAAAGAAAAAGGUAGUACAUAAAGGGCUAAAACUAGAGAUAGAACUUCCAUUAGCAGAGUUCCAAAAGACAGAAUUAAUAUAUCACUUUCAUCAUGCUUUAUGCCAUUUGUUGUUAGAAAAGAACAGAAAGCCAUCAUGACAAAUAUUGGCAAUAUUCUGUUGUAAUGAGUGGCAGAGAUCACAAACAAACUCUUUGCUAGGUUCACUUUUUGUAAUAUUUGACAAGCUUAGUGAAGAACCAGACGUCACCUUUUCCCGUCUU